UUCCCAAGCUGCCUGCCAGCGCAUUUCCUUGGCAGCCAGGGCAGCGUGUGUCCCAGGGCACGCACACAGGUCACUGUGCAGGACACAGAGCCACAGAGCAUAGGGCUCUGGGCACCAGGCUGGAAUCUGCAGCUGGGACAGGAGCAAGCAUGGUGGGGCAGCAGGCGCUACUGCUAGCUGGCUUGUUUCUGCCUGGGUUCCUGCUCUCUGAGGCUGCGAAAAUUCUGACUUCUUUUGCACUGGGUGGAAGCCAUUAUCUACUACUGGACCGUGUAGCUGAGAUUCUUCAAGAUCAUGGUCAUAAUGUCACUAUGCUUUUUUACGGAGAAGAGUUUUUAAUCCCAGAAAAGGGUGAAACAUCAUAUGAAGUUAUCAGUUGGCUUCCACCUGAAGAUCAUAAAAAAGAAUUCAGGAAAUGUUUUGAUUUCCUUGUGACAGAAACUUUGCAUGGCAGGGAAACAUUUGACAACUUUGUAUCAUUAAUGAAACAACUGGGAAUUCGAUGCAGUGAUUUGCUAAGGAGAGGUGAUAUCAUGGAUUUCUUAAAAAACGAGAACUUUGACUUGGUAUUUGUUGAAGCAUUUGACUUCUGUUCUUUCCUCAUUGCUGAGAAGCUUGGGAAGCCAUUUGUGUCAAUUCUUCCUACCCAAUUUGGAAGUGUGGACCAUGGGCUACCAAGUCCUGUGUCUUAUGUUCCAUUAUUCCGUUCCUUGCUCACCGACCACAUGGACUUCUGGGACAGAGUGAGGAAUUUUCUGAUGUUCUUUGAUUUCUCCAUAAAGCAAAGGCAAAUCCAUUCUACCAUUGAGAACACCAUCAAGGAACAUUUCCCGGAAGGCUCCAGGCCAGUUUUGUCUCAUCUUUUAAAGAAAGCAGAGCUGUGGUUUGUUAACUCUGACUUUGCCCUUGAAUUUGCUAGGCCCCUGCUUCCCAACACUGUGUAUGUUGGAGGCUUAUUGGCCAGACCUGUUAAACCAGUACCACAAGAAUUUGAGAAUUUCAUCAGCAAGUUUGGAGACUCUGGUUUUGUCCUUGUGGCCCUGGGCUCCAUAGUGAGCAACUAUCAGUCCCAGGAAGUUCUCAUGGAGAUGAACAGUGCCUUUGCUAAUCUGUCUCAAGGUGUGAUAUGGAAAUGUAAGUUAUCUAAGUGGCCCAAAGACGUCAAAUUGGCAGCAAAUGUGAAAAUCGUGGACUGGCUUCCUCAGAAUGACCUCUUGGCUCACCCACGCAUCCGUCUUUUUGUCACUCAUGGUGGGAUGAAUAGCAUAAUGGAGGCCAUCCAACAUGGUGUACCCAUGGUAGCGAUUCCUGUCCUUAAAGAACAGGCUGAAAACAUGGUCCGAGUAGAAGCCAAAAAGUUUGGUGUCUCUAUCCAGUUAAAGCAGAUCAAGGCAGAGACAUUGGUUCUGAAGAUGAAGGAAGUCAUAGAAGACAAGAGGUACAAGUCAGCAGCGGUGGCCGCCAGCAUCAUCAGGCGCUCCCACCCCCUGACCCCUGCCCAGAGGCUGGUGGGCUGGAUCGACCACAUCCUCCAGACAGGGGGUGCGGCCCACCUCAAGCCCCAUGCCCUGCAGCAGCCGUGGCAUGAGCAGUACCUGCUGGACGUCUUCUUGUUCCUGCUGGUGGUCACCCUGGGCACCCUGUGGCUCUGCGGGAAGCUGCUGGGCAUGGUGACCAGGUGGCUGUGUGGGGCCAGGAAGCUGAAGAAGGCCUGAUGGGGAUAUAAUGUUUAUGGUUGUCUCAGGACCCACUGGUUGUACCAGGCUUCCAACAAACACAGGGCACUGCUGGUGUCUUCCCCAUAUUGGCACUUUAGGGUGGAACACAAAUAUCUCCUCAUUAUAAUCUGCCUCUGCUUAGAAAUUCUUAUGAAGUAAUCUUGGGAUCUUUUUUAAAAUUGUGGUAAAAUUUAUAUUAUGUAAAAUUUACCAUUUUAACCAUUAAGUGUACAGUCGUUGGCAUUAAGCACAUUGACGUUAUCAUGCAAACCUCACUACCAUUCAUUCCAGAACUGUUUUCAUCAUCCCAAAUUCAAACUCCAUGCUAAUCAAACAGUAAAUACUCAUAACCCUGCCCCCACUCCCAUGACCCCACAGGCUCCUGCCAACCCCCAUUCUACUCUCUGUGUCUGUGAAUUUUAUCUUGGCUUCUUGACUUGCCCCUCAUCAAUGGCCUCCUCACUCAGAUCCAGGCCUUCAUCCGACAGGCCUGCUUUCCUCCCCAUUCCAUGUCCCUAGACACAGGGCCAUGCUUACUUCACUGUUGCUCUCUGGACACUUUUCUCUCUCUGAUCUUUCUCUAUCCUCACUUUUUAUGGCAUGACAUAAGAUCUUGGCCAGUUGUUCCAGUUUGGGUCUCUUUCCUCUUGUGUCUCCUUCUCACCUCAUGUCCAAGCUCAGGAAGCCUCUCCUCUGUCUGUCCUGCAGUUAGGCAGGGGUGGCCCUCCCUGGACUCCAUUUGUGGUCUCUGUGCUGAGUCCCCUCCUAUGAAGAGCAUCUCCUUUGCUCUCAGACCUGGAGCCUGCCUUUCGGCCACAGCUGAUGCUGUGUUUUUCACUUGUCACAAUUACCUUCUCAUUUCUCACUCUUAAAAAUGUAGUCAUGGUGACCUCAAGUCAGAUCCCAGACCUCUGUGUGAGGCUCUGGGGCCCAGGUCCAGUGACCAUGGCCAUUCCCAGGACUUUGUUGAUUUAGGAAACAACUUUCUGCCACCCUACUGUGGCAUAAAUAGGAAGUAACCCACUAUGUAUAGCAAUUACAUUCAGUUCCCAGCAACAUACACCACAAAAAGAGUGUUUUAACCACCAGGGUUAUUUUUUGUUUUCUUGUUUGCUUCUUUGAUAAGGACUGGUGUGGUGGCUCCAUCUUAUUGUCUGUAGAUUUUGCUCCAUUUUUUUUUUUUGACUUUUUAUAUUCUUUACUAGACAUCAGGCUCCCACUCUGGUAGGUUCCCUUUAUAAUAUAUUUUACUUUCAAGUGAUUAUGUGCUGAUAUUUGCUUUUGCAUUUACAGAUGGAAUUAUAUUUCUCCUUUAAAGUUU